AUGGGGUGCGGGGUGUGGAGGAAGCAGCGCGUGGCGCGCAACGUAGGGGGUGGCUCCGCCGGGACUGCGAUGACCCUGGUCAGCGCCCCGCGCCCGGAUCCCCGCCAACACAGCCUGGCAUUAGCAUCCUUCAAGCGCCAGCAGGAGCAGGGCUUCCAGGAGCAAAGUGCUCUGGCAGCUGAAGCCCGUGAGACCCGUCGUCAGGAGCUCCUAGAGAAGAUUGCCGAGGGCCAGGCUGCGAAGAAGCAGAAGCUGGAACAGGAAUCAGGGACCAGUGGGAGCCAGGAGCCCAGUGGAAACCAAGCUGCAGAAGAGAAUGAGGCCAGUGCUAGCCAGGCUGCUGGGGAGCAUGAAGAAGCAGGUGAAGGCUCCUCCUCUCCCCAACCGGGGCCUUCAAACGGAGUGGCCCCUUUGCCCAGGUCUGCUCUGCUCGUCCAGCUGGCCACUGCCAGGCCUCGGCCCAUCAAGGCUAGGCCCCUGGACUGGCGUGUCCAGUCCAAAGACUGGCCCCAUGCUGGCCGCCCUGCCCACGAGCUUCGCUACAGCAUCUACAGGGAUCUGUGGGAGCGAGGCUUCUUCCUCAGCGCUGCCGGCAAGUUCGGGGGCGACUUCCUGGUCUAUCCUGGCGACCCACUCCGUUUCCAUGCUCACUACAUCGCUCAGUGCUGGGCUCCUGGGGACCCCAUCCCACUCCAGGACCUGGUUUCUGCUGGCCGCCUGGGAACCAGUGUCAGGAAGACGCUGCUCCUGUGCUCUCCGCAGCCUGAUGGUAAGGUGGUCUACACGUCCCUGCAGUGGGCCAGCCUGCAGUGAACUCCAGAGACCUACGGGCCCGGGGCUGAGUCUCUGAAGAGCCUUUCUAGCUGGUCCCAGGCUCAUCUCCGAGUGGGAGGCUGGAAUGCCCUCCUACCUCUCUCCGUGGUUAGUUUUUGAUUCCAGAGUUAUAAACACUACAUCCUUCUUAUGUCCCUCCCCAUUUCAAAGCACUUCAUGGCUGUGUUGUUUUUCUAGUUACCUGAGCUUGAGUGUGAUAGCUGGUUCAUCUCUGUUUUCUACAGGGCUUAGGUCCCAAGAAGUCUCAAUAAACUUGUUGAGUAGA